AUGGGUAUCGAUAUUAAUAAUCUUAAAAGGAGCAAAUUAUUGAAGGAUUAUAGAAAAUUUUUCUUACUAAUUGGUUGUACAAUUUAUUUGGAAUAUGGUUUAAUUAGUUUUGCGACUCAAAGUGUUUCUAACAUAGAUAAAGCCACCGGGGCUUUAUCCAUGUUCAAUCAGGGCUGUUUGAUAUUAAUUAAAAUAUCGGUGUUCUUGGCUAAGGGAGGUAAAUUUAUGAAAUUAAUUUGGGAUAUGAAUCUAUUGGCGAUGAGAGCCAAUUCGGAGGAGUACAAAAAAUGGCUGUCUGAAAAUCAAAGGUCUCAGUUAAUUGGAAAAAUGUACUUUUAUGCCUGUUGGGUAGCGGUGGGUUGCGCUGGCAUAGUACCUAUAACAUUCAUGAUUUAUGACUAUAAACAAAAUGGAGGUUUUAAUAAGAAACUACCCUUUGGUGGCAAAUUUCCUUUUGAUCAGGGUGGCUUUAUUAUGUUCGCUCUUAACUAUAUUUUAUCCUUGAUCUAUAUCUAUGCUUUGCUCAAUAUGACUGUGGGCAUUGAUACUCUCUAUGGCUGGUAUAUAUACAAUAUAUCGGCCCAUUUUCGCAUAUUAAGAUGUAAAGUGGAAAGUGUUGCUUUAAAGCUAAAAGAUAAUGAUAAUGAAAAUUUUACCCGUGACUUAGGUACAAUCGUUUAUUAUCAUAAUAAAACAUUAGAUUUUACUCAAGGUUUGAAUAACAUUUUUGGUGAAAUUUUAUGGGCUGAGGUUAUGCUGAGUUGUUUGCAAAUGUGUUUUGUCCUCUAUACGCUCAAUAAUGAUGACGAUGUCUCCAAUAUGCCAUUUAAUUUUAUGGUUCUGGUAGCGGUUGUGAUGCAAUUAAUGAUUUAUUGUUUUGGUGGUGAGAAAAUUAAGAAUGAGAGCUUAAUGUUGAGUUCGGAUUUUUAUUUGUAUUUUCCUUGGCAUAAAAUGUCUGCUCAACAAAAGAAACUAAUGCUGUUACCCUUGAUGCGUUCGCAAAGGUUGUCAGUAUUGAGGGGUUUGUUUUUUUGA